UUCACAUAUGAAAAUGACGGAAUGGACAAACAAGAAGGUCUUCCACUUAAUUGAAAUGUAUCGCGAUCGCCCUGCGUUGUGGGACAACAAACACGAGCAUUAUAAGGACAAGGCCAAGAGGCAGGAGGAAAUGAGGAAGAUAGCAGCCUAUUUGGGCGAGAGCAAGGAAGAAAUCGAGAGAAAAGUAAAAAAUCUGCUCAGUCACUUUGCAAGGGAACUGAAAAAGGAAGGCAAGAGUUCGAAAUGCGGCACAAUUUCUAGUUAUAAGAGUAAAUGGUUCGCUUACGAAGCCAUGAUGUUUUUGAAGGACAAGAACAAGUCGAGAAGGACAAUAAAUGACGAGGAUGAGGUGAAUAGUUCGGAAGAAGACCAUAGUAUCGAUGAUCCCUCACAAAUCCCUUUCACGGAAGAUCAAACCGAGAAAAUCGAUAGAACCAAAACAAAGCAGUUCACAUCUCCAAAGGAAAUAUCGACGAGAAAAAGAAAACUCGAAAACGCCACCGAUGAGGAUAAUGUUUCUACGAAAGAAAAUUGGAAGAACCAACAAGACGAAUACACUCUCUUUGGCGAAUUGGUAGCAAUUAGGUUAAGACAGUUGCCAACGUAUCACGCGAAGAUUGUGGUUCAGCACAUUAUAAAUACAACUUUGUUCGACGCUCAGAUGGGAAAAUACAACAGCCCUAGUGACUUCCAGAACAAUUCAGGUUCAUUCCAGAUGCAGAAUAUUUAUCAUCCUCAAGAAACGAAGAUUCAUACGUCAAUACAGCCUCCAUCUCUUGAACCAUAUACGUACAUUUCUCAGUCUCAACCGGCGACGCCAGGUUCAGUGAAGCCUUUGUCGCCUGGAUCUUAUGGGUCUGGUUCAGAACCUCCGACACCUACAAAAAUAGAAGUACAGUCUCCCGAAUCUAUUGAUAUAUGAUUGUGAUAAAAUUAAUUAUAUAAACGAUAGAAU